AAAAGAUAUGUUUGCCUGAAAAUCAGCAAUUCUGUAGCCAAUCACGUAAAUAAAUAGUGGAACCUGCCGAGUAGAUAGUUUUAACAAUUCAUUCUCACCGCAGGGAGAAGAGCAGCGCAGAGGUGGGAGCCUCGCCGAUCGUCUUUCUCUCAAGGGGUCUCAGUGACGCUGGCGGGGCAGUUCUGGUGAAUCCGGAGCCAUGGUUCAGCCGAUUCAUCCACCGGAGAAUGUACUGGAGACGAGAUCAGGUCCCAAUUCUUACGCCGCUGUGGUGCUCGGAGGGACAUUCGAUCGCCUCCACGAUGGCCAUCGCCGUCUCCUGAAGGCUUCUGCGGAUUUAGCUACGGAGAGGGUCGUCGUUGGCGUCUGUGAUGAGCCGAUGCUCGUCAAGAAAGAGCUGUCGGAGUUGAUCCAACCGAUUGAGGUGCGGAUGAGUGCUGUUCAAGAUUACAUCAAGUCUGUUAAACCAGCACUGCUUGUUCAGGUGGAGCCCAUAUUGGAUCCUUAUGGCCCAUCAAUUGUUGAUGAGAACUUGGACGCCAUCAUUGUUAGCAAGGAGACUCUAGCAGGUGGCUUGUCAGUUAAUAAACGAAGAGCUGAGAGAGGUCUACCACUAUUGAAGGUGGAGGUAGUAGAUCUUUUAUCUGAAGAAUCAGGUGGAGAAAAGCUUAGCUCCACAGCAUUAAGGAGAAUGGAGGCUGAAAAAGGUAAUCAUGCACAAACAUAAAAUGGACAUUCCAGCAGAGCACAGUGUCGAGACAUCCAGGGACUGGAUGUUGAUGAUCAGCAAGAAAGGAAGGAAACCAGAUAGCACGCGAUUUGGUAGAACAGGAACGAAUUGGUUGAGUAGGGACCCAGACAGCCAGGAAGCAAGUGAACCAAGAGAAGGCAUCUGUUUCAGAACAUAUAUUUAUUGUAGUUCAUAAGAAAUAACUGGAAAGAUGUUAUUUUGCAAAUUGCUUUGGCUGGUUCGUGUAGGUAAAGACUUCCUGUAGUGAGAAGGCCUCACACAAGUGUUUGUGAACUGUGAGUUUUCAUAGCUGGGGAUUGUGCUGUAAAUCGUCACUGAUGGAGAAAAUUCUCCUGCCAUGAUGGUUUUUCACAUGUUAGCACAAGCGUCAUAAUCGUUGACUGUUUCCUUGUAAAACUUUCAGGUGUUUACAUGAUUAUUUUGUGGACUA